AUGGCGCCGUCGAUGUCGAAGCCCGCCGUCCUGGGCCGAUCCAUGACGGUCAGCACACGCGCCAUCCGCGACCUCGUCCAGCGCCUGCUGCAAGUAUACCUGCGCAACCGCUCGCGCAUCUCUAAGGCCAUCUACAUCGCCCUCUUCAUCUCCUUCCUCAACCGCAUACGCAACGUCGUAAUCCGCCAGAAGGCCGCCGCGAAGCGUGCCAACGAGUCCAAGAGCACUAGCUCGAGCGCCGAUAAAAAGGCCGAGCUGAACUGGGAGUUUGUGCGCUCCCUGCUCAAGCUGAUCCGCAUCAUCAUCCCGAGCUGGCGCAGUCCCGAGGCCCGCAUGCUGCUCACCCACAGCCUAUUCCUCGUGGCCCGUACCUUGCUCAGCGUCAAGGUUGCCGCCAUGGAUGGGUCCAUCGUCAAGUCGCUGGUUAGCGGCCACGGGCGCGAGUUCCUGACCAAGCUGGGUUGGUGGAUGGUCAUCGCCGUGCCUGCUACCUUCACCAACGCGAUGCUGUCCUACCACCAGGCCGAGUUGGCCCUGCGCUACCGCGCCCGCUUGACAGAGCACCUCCACGACAAGUACCUGUCGCAUCUGACCUUCUACGCGCUGCUGGCCCUCGACGACAGGAUCAAGAACCCCGACCAGCUGAUCGGCGUCGACGUGUCGGCCUUUGCAACCUGUCUCUCGGAGCUGUACGGCAACCUGGCCAAGCCCAUCCUGGACAUGGUCAUCUACACAUACUCGCUCUCUCGCAACGUCGGUGGCGAGGGCGUCCUCUUCAUGGCCUUCCUCGUCCAGCUCUCCUCCCAGGUCAUGCGCGCCCUGACUCCCCCCUUCGGGAAGUACGUCGCGGACGAGACCCGUCUCGAAGGCGAGUUCCGCUUCGCCCACUCACGCUUGAUCGACCACGCCGAGGAAGUUGCCCUGUACGCCGGGCACGAGGCUGAAAAGAACACCCUCGACAAGGGCUACUUCACCUUAAUCAAGCACAUCAACUUCGUCCUGCGCCGCCGCUUCUACCACGGCUUUAUGGAGGACUUCGUAGUGAAAUACUUCUGGGGCGCUCUGGGCUUCGCCCUGUGCAGCGUGCCCGUCUUCAUCAAGCUCCCCGGCCAGACCCUGGCCACCAUGGCCGACCGCUCCGAGAGCUUCAUCACAAAUCGGCGUCUGCUGAUGUCCGCCUCGGACGCCUUCGGCCGGCUCAUGUUCUCCUACAAAGAAGUCAUGCAACUCGCCGGCUACACCUCCCGCGUCUCAACCCUCCUCGACGUCAUGGACGACAUCAAGGCAGGCCACUACGAGAAAAAGCUCGUCUCCUCCUCCGGCACAGCCAAUAACGCCGCCGUCCUCAAAGGCCGCGGCCAGGUCAUCGAAUCUGACUACAUCGAGUUCAUCAACGUGCCCAUCAUCUCGCCCAACGGCGACGUCCUGGUCCCGGCCCUCUCCUUCCGCAUCGCCGAGGGCGACCACCUCUUGAUCGUCGGCCCCAACGGAUGCGGCAAGUCCUCGCUCUUCCGCAUUCUCGGCGGCCUCUGGCCCGUGUACGGCGGCACGGUCAAGAAGCCGUCGGCGGACAAGAUCUUCUACCUCCCCCAGCGCCCGUAUAUUCCUCGUGGCACGCUGCGUCAUCAAAUCAUCUACCCCGACACCCAAGCCACCAUGCACUCGCGCGGCUACACCGACGCGGAUCUCCUCGCCAUCCUGCAGAUCCUUAACCUGGAGCAUCUGGUCGAGAUGCACCCGGACGGGUGGGAAUACGAAGCCGAGUGGCGCGACCUCUUAUCUUCCGGCCUCCAGCAGCGCGUCGCCAUGGCCCGUCUGUUCUACCACCGUCCACGCUACGCCAUCCUGGACGAGUGUACUUCGUCUGUAACCCUCGAGACUGAAAAGAUCAUGUACGAUACCGCCAAGAAGCUGGGCGUGACUCUCAUGACGGUGAGUCAUCGGCGGAGCUUGUGGAAGUAUCACACGCAUAUUUUGCAGUUUGAUGGGCAGGGGAAGUAUGUGUUUACGCGGUUGGAUGCCGAGCGGAGGAUGAGGCUGGAGGAUGAGAAAGAGGAGUUGGAGGUAAAGCUGAGGCAGGUGCCCGAGUUGGAGAGGAGGUUGGAAGAGUUAACGGGGGAGAAGGUGAGGGCGUGA